AACACCUGCUGGGAAGCCACCUUAAAUAGGACUCCGGAGAGAACGGAAAAUGCCAUAAAUGAAGACAUUUUGACUUGGAGCUACAUUCGCAAGCCGACCACUGCAAUUUUCAAUUAAGAAACCACUAAGCUCGGAAUAAAUUAACACGAUGGGAUAUGCGCCACUGCUUAUGUUGCUGCUUGUCACACAGCUUACCCGGGCACCACACCCCCUCGCCAACCCCGUGGAAUGCCAAGCAAGCCAGUACCUGGAUGAGCACGGGCAGUGCGCCCCCUGCAGGGCAUGUGGACCUGGACUGGAGCUUUCCAAGGAGUGCGGCUAUAGUGAAGGGGGUGAUUCCCAGUGUCUGCCCUGCCGUCCCAGGAGGUUCAAGGACAGCUGGGGCCAUCAAGGCUGCAAACCCUGCCUCUCCUGCAGCCUAAUCAACCGGAUCCAGAAGGCCCCGUGCACGGCCACCUCGAACACAGCCUGCGGCGGAUGCUUCCCUGGCUUCUACAGCAAAACCCAGAUCGGAGGACUGCAGGAUCUGGAAUGUGUUCCCUGCACCAAGCAGACUCCCCCGUCUGAACCACAGUGCCUCUCGAGAAUUAGCCAGAAGGUAGAAAAUCCUGCCAGGCCUCCACUUGACAGCAGCCCCCUCGUGGUGCUCACCAGCGGUGCCCUGGUCAUCGUUGUCUUGGUCUCCUUCCUCUCUCUCCUCUACUGCCAGCAGUUCUGGAAACACCAGUGCCAGCGCGUGUUCCUGCGGAGACGGGAUUUCUCCACUCAGAGCGUGACGUUUCAGGCUUCUCCAGGGCCUGAGCAACUGCUGGAUCCCUGCUGCUUGGGCAUCAAGCGCUUAAGCCCUGCACAAGAACCACUGGAAGGUCCUGCAGCAGCUGCCCAGUUCUUCUCUGAGGGCGAAGUGCUCCGUUUCCAUCUGCCCAGUCAGCAAGCGAAUUGGGACUUCUCCAAACUGAUCACAGCUGGCCCCAAAGCCCUGCAGGCCGGGAGCCCCCGGGAGCCCCGACCCCUGCUCCGGAACUCUGGCUGUAGCGACUGUUCCACCAGAGCCUCUUCCUUCACGGAGCUCCAGCCAGAUUCUGCCAGGGACACCGAUGAUCCGGAGCCUCUCUCCUCAUGUGCCACGGAGAUGCAGCAUCAGUGGCCUCAUGCCCCUGUGGAAUGCACCGAGCUGGACCUGCGGAACUUCUCUGCCCAGGCGAAGCAGCUGCACCGAGAGGAUGCCAAGGAGAGGGAUGUCCGGGUGAGCUUGAGAGGUGGGACUGAACCAGUUCCUGCCUCAUGCGUUGGCCAAGCAUCGCAGGCCAGGCUCACCUCAGGAUCUCCCCACAGCUCUUGUUCAUCCUUCCGAAAUCCUGUUGCUGAGUGUGGGGAGCAACUGUGUGAUGAUGGUCGCGGCUGAGGCCUGAGAUGUCGCCCGAGCGAGUAAGUGACAAGAGUGCCGUUCGCUCUACCUGCAGCUGGGUCUCCGUGUACAGAGCUGAGGUUGCUGUCCAGUGACCUAUGCAACAGGACCGUGUCUGUGCCAUCACUAACUCUCUCGGUAGCCAGCAUUCCGCUGGCCUUCCUGUGAUCCCCUGCCCACUGUUUGGACCCAACUGUGCCUGGGAUCAAGCAUUUCGGGCACGUGGAGGUGGAUUUGGGCCUUCCACACCACCAGCUGAACCUGUUGCGUGGCUGCCCUCCUGGAUGUGGACACUCUCUGCUGUGCUCACCUUGGUCUGAACUCUCCCU